AUGAAUGCCAAUUAGUUUAAAACUCCAGAAAUUGAAAUUAUUACUCCUUAAGAAAAGAAAUCAGAAUAUCCUUAAUAAUAAUAUAUAUCAAUCAGUUUUUGUAUUUUGCUCAUCAUAAUAUAUUCAGUUUUAUUAGGAACUCAGCAAAUAUAAUUACCAUUAAUGAUUUGCAGCAUAUCUUACAACAGCAUUAUUACGAUUAUAAUAUUCAUCAGAACUUCUAAAAUUAGUUAAAAAUGUACUUUUACUAUGAUCUUAUUAAGUAAAUUGAUUAGUUUAGUUGUUUUAUUGUUCUUAGAUUAAGAUAACCUUUUUAUUAUAGCUUUUUUGAUUGAUAGUUUGGCUUAAGAACCAAAUCCUUUUUGUGCUUUAGAAUAAACUAUUAUAAAACUUACUUCUGUUGUUGUUGUUUGUAUUAAUGGAAAGUUGCAAUUCAUUAUAGUUAUAAUUUCUAUUUUUUUGUUGUAAAUACUAAAAGAUUUGCUUUACAAAUAAUCAUACAUGAAAAAAUAAUUAAAUGCUACAAAUAUUACACCAAAUUAGAAUAUUUCAUCAUAUUCAUAAUUGGAAAAAUAAAAUGAUGAAAUUUGGAAAAAUAGAAUGCAAACAAUCCCUAUCCUUGUCAUUAUUAUUUCUAUACAAAAUUGGUAAAUUGUCCAUAAAAACUAGUCCUUUUAUACUUUCUUCUCUUCUCAAAAUAAAACAGAAAAAGAACUCGAAAAUUUAAUCAUGUACCAUUUAAAUUUUCAUGUUUCCAGUAGUAAUCUUGAAGAAUAAGAUGUUUCGUCAAUUAAUCAAUUCAAUAAAUAAAGAAGACCUUAUGCAAUGACAUUUAAUAAUUGUAAUUAGAAAAAUCAAGAAACAUUAUAAGAUAUACCUGUUGGAUUACAAUCUUUGAAUGAGAUAGUUUUGAAUUUUAAAAGUAAAAUUCAGUCUUCAUUUCUUAAUCUUCAUUAUUCUGGUUAUUAUGAAAUUUCAUGCAGAUAGUAAUUAGAAGAUGGAUCAAAUGUACAAUUAUUCGGAUAAAUUGUUUAAAAUGAAAAAGACAAUGAGCUUUUGAUAUUUUUGAAUGAUGUUUCAGGUUAAACUGAAAUGUAAUAAAAUAUACUUAUUAAUGAUUUCAAGUCUAAAGUAAUUAUUAUAAUGAUUUUAGAUACUUUAAUCAUUUUCUCAUGAACUCAGAACUCCUUUAAAUAGUGCUCUGAAUUUUCUGUCAACUUCUUUAUAAGAAUAAAAGAUACCUUAGUAUGUAAAAGAUAAUUUGAUAGAACCAGCCAUCAAUUCUUUAAAAAUAUAAUAAUACCUGAUAAAUGAUAUAAUUGACUUUUCUUCUUUUUAUUAAGAUCGAAUUAAAAUUAAACUUAGGGAAUUUACUAUUUCUGAGCUCAUUACUGAAAUUAGUUAAAUGUUUUAUUAUCAAUUUAAUACUAAACAAUUAGCAUUUAAUGUUGAUUUAAAAGAAAAUUAUUUAAACUCUUUUUGUACUGAUUAUAAAAAACUACUUUAAAUUUUGGUUAAUCUUAUCUAAAAUUCUUUAAAAUAUUCAUUUAAAGGAGGUUGCGUUGUAAAACUUAUAUCAUAAGCAAAUCAGAAUAUAUUAUUUGAAAUAGUUGAUUAAGGAAUAGGCAUUCAAUAAAAUCUUUUAAAAAAAUUAUAAGAUAUAAGUAAGAAUGUUGAUAAAAAUAAAGAAUUUGUGAAAGAUUGGCAUGGAAUAGGUUUAUUAAUUUCUUCAAUAAUUUUAUAAUAAUUAGCUCCUCCUGAUUUGACAUAUUUUGAUAUAAAAUCAGAAGGGGAAAAUAAAGGAACAUUGAUUUCGUUUUGUAUAAAGAACUUUUUUAGAGUUCCUGCAUCUUAAUAAAAUAUAAAAAAUAGUACUUCUAAUUUUAUGAAUAAUGGAAGUGUUUAGAGUCAAUUUAAACAGUUAUCAAUCUCUUAAUAACUUUAAGUAAAUAGUUCCCUUUUUAAUGUUAUGGGUACUGUAGUGAAAGCAACAGAAUUUCAUAUAGCAAGUACUUAAAUAAAAACUUAAUAUGCUUAAUAUCCUUCAAAAAAAUCUCAAAAUGAUUCAUUCUAUUCAGAAAGUAAUGAUGACAAUUUAGAAAGGAGAAUAGAGGAUUUAGAAAGUUUAAAUCCUUUUUUGAUAACAGAUAUCAAUAAUGUUUUUAGUAAUAAAUUGAAAGAUAAAUCUUCUAAAAUUAUCAAUUUAAAAUAAAUUAAAUAAUUGGAAGAAAAAGAGAGUGAAUUAUUUAUAACAGGAUUAAAUAGUUUAAAAAAAUGUAAUUGCAUGAGAAUUUUGAGUGUUGACGAUGAAAUUUUUAAUUAAAAAUCCUUAUAAGUAUUGAUAUCUAAAAUGGGAUUUGAAGUUGUUCUAGCUUUUAAUGGUCAAUAAGCACUAUAAGUAGUUUAAAGUCUAUAAAAGUGUUGUUAAAGUUGUAAUAUACUUUCUUUAAUUCUGAUGGAUUAUCAAAUGCCAAUUAUGAACGGUAUUGAAGCAACAAAAUAAUUGAUUAGUAUGAUGAAUAAAUCUUAAAUUCCAUAUAUUACAAUUGUUGGAUUAACAGCAUUUACUUGUUCAAAGGAUAUUGAUAACUGUUUGAAAGCAGGAAUGCAAGAAGUAUUGGCUAAACCAUUAAAUAUCUAAGAAUUGAAACAAAUUUUAUUAUGUAUUUUUAAGAAAUGA